UCCAUUGAUUUACUCUCUCUCUCUCUCCUCUCGAUCCAUCAACUAUAAUGGCUGCGACUCGAGCGAUUUUCUUCUCUCUCCUUAUAAUUCUAAGCGCAACCUUUCUCCAAAUCCCUCGUCCGUGCAAUGGCAAUUUGCUUAGGAUAUGCAACUUCCACCGGAUAUACCAGCUGGGCGAUUCGAUUUCCGACACUGGAAAUUUGAUACGUGAGAGCCCCAUGGGAGCAGCGUCUCCCUUUAGUAGGCUUCCGUACGGCGAAACUUUCUUCCACAAUGCCACAGGUCGUUGCUCCAACGGUCUACUUAUGAUUGACUUUGUCGCAAUAUCAGCAGGGCUUCCGCUUCUCAACGCCUACAAAAACACCGGUGCAGACUUCAAACACGGGGUGGACUUCGCGGUCGCCGGCUCCACUGCAUUACCGGUAGAGACUCUCGCCAACCAGAACAUUCUAUCCCCGGUAACCACCAGCUCUCUCGGCGUGCAACUCGAUUGGAUGUCCGCCCAUUUCAAUUCCACUUGCGACGGUGGCAGAGAUUGCGCGGAAAAACUUAAAGACGCUCUGUUCAUGGUUGGAGAGAUAGGCGGUAACGAUUACAACUACGCUUUGUUUCAAGGAAAAAGCAUUGAGGAAGUGAAGAGCCUUGUUCCUAGCGUUGUACAAGCCAUAGCAAAUGAUGUGAGGAGAGUCAUCAACCACGGGGCAGUUAGAGUGGUGGUACCCGGAAAUUUCCCGAUCGGUUGUCUCCCCAUCUACCUAACUGGAUUCAAGACCAACAACUCGGCUGCUUACGACGAAAGCUUUUGCCUAAGAGACCUAAACGAGCUUUCGAAAUUCCACAACGACCAGUUGCAGCGAGCGAUUAGCGAGUUGAACAAAGAGUUCCCGAACGCGGUCAUUACGUAUGGCGAUUACUAUAACGCCUUCGACUGGCUUUUCCGAAGUGCCGAUUAUCUAGGAUUUGAUGCGUCAACUACGCAAAGAUCUUGUUGUGGAGCUGGGGGAGAUUAUAAUUUCAGUCUCGGCAGAAUGUGCGGAGCUCCGGACGUUCCCGUCUGUCGGAAUCCCGAUAGACUCAUCAGCUGGGAUGGAAUUCAUUUGACACAAAAGGCGUACAAGCUCAUGACUGCAUGGCUCUUGCGUGACCUGUUGCCCAAGCUUCAGUGCCGUCUUUAAUUAGCUUGUGUUUUAACAGUUUUUAGGUAUAGAAUUUUGGAACAAUUAGAAUUCAAAGUUUUUUAAUGGCUUUUUUUUUUUCUAGUAAUUUGGAAGAGAAAUUAAUUUGACAUGUGAAAUCUUACUUUCCUAUGCAUGAUUUGAU